AUGCAGUUCUCCAAGAUCCUCAGCAUCCUCUCUGUCUUCGCCGCAGCUUCGUCAACCACAGUCUCUUAUGACGCUGGUUAUGAUGACGCAAACCGCUCGCUCACCGCAGUGGCUUGCUCGGACGGCACCAACGGCGUCAUGUGGAAGUACAACUGGAAGGUUCAAGGCGAUGUGAAGAACUUCCCCUACAUCGGCGGCUCCGAAGCUAUUGGCGGCUGGAACUCGGGCAACUGCGGCACCUGCUGGUCGGUCUCGUACAACGGCAAGACCAUCAACGUUCUGGCUAUUGACCAUGCUGGCUCGGGUCUUAACAUCGGACUCCGCGCCAUGAACGAUCUGACAAAUGGGCGGGCUGAGGCUUUGGGCCGCGUCGAUGCGGCCGUCGCGCAGGUGCCUCUCACCAAUUGCGGUCUGUGA